UUAGUAGUUAGGUGGGUGACCACUAGCGAAUCCCAGCUGUUGUAUGUUUUUGUUUUUGUUUUAGGGGAGUUUUGUGGUGGGUUGGUUUUGGAGAGGGGGGGGGGGGGGGGGGGGGGGGGGGGGAGCUUGGUGCGUGGAGUUUUCUCUUUUUUGUUUUUCGGGGUUUGUGUUUUCCACGAGGGGUAAAGAGGGGGUGAAGGAUCGGGGAAGGAUAAGGAUAGGGCUAGCAGGUUGCUGGUGGGUGGAAGGUAGAGAGUUUGUAGUUUUCGUAGAUGGGGACGUGGUUGUGGCUGUGGAUAUCUCGCAUUUAAUUAUUUUUAUCAUCUGCGGUUCUGGGCUGUUGAGUGCGGGAAGAUCAGCUUCUGCCAAACUGCAGCGGCUAAGACAAGUAAAUUGUUUUACCUAUCUAAUUCAGGUUCAUUUUCAUAUGCGGAUAUUUCAUUCUCGUCGGCUUGGUGGGCGUUCCCUUCGAUGCUUACGGGGUAUGCAGGACCAAGAACAUCUGGGAG